GCUUUUUUUGUGGCUAACUUGAAACUGCUGAGUUUAUGCAACUGGCCGUCAGGAUUCCUUCCGCUUCCAAACUGAAACCCGCUGGUCACGUGUCUACAGAUGUUGCUGACUUCAUCUUUGUCAAUGGAAACGCACUGAAAGGUCCUCUUAAGGGAACCAUCAUAAAGUUUCCAUCAUGCAGUUGGAGGCUCAGCUGCGUCUUUGCCAGAGUUGUCUUUGGUGCUGCAAAAGCGGGCUGCGCCUGCUCUCCCAGAGCGGUGCACACAGAAAAGCUGUGAACUACUACGAUCUACUGGGAGUCCAAUCCAAUGCCUCCUUGGAGGAGAUUAAAAAUGCAUUUUUUAACAAAUCUAAAAAGCUGCACCCAGACAGUGAUCCAUCCAACCCAGAGCUGCACAGCCUGUUCGUGGAGCUGAACGAGGCCUACCGAGUGCUGAGCAAAGAUCCCAGCAGGAAGGAGUAUGACUUCAAAAUCAGACGUCCAUACAGCGGAGGCCAAGCCUUCGGAUCGACCCCCAGUCACACCAGCUACAGAGCCAGCACGGACCCCCAGGAGAACUUUCGGUACUGGGAGCAGUUUCGUCACUCUCAAGCGCAAGAGAUGACGGCGGAGGAGUCGCAGAGGAGGAGGAGGAGAAACUUUCGCCUGGUGGGCUACUGCUUCGUCACCAUGGUGCUCAGCAUCGGAGCGCACGUCGUCUUCUUCAGGAAACUGGAAGAAGUUCACAGUAACUUCAUGGACGAGAAAGACCGCGUCAUCACCGAAAUCUACAACGAAUCCAAAGAGAGGGCCAAGGCCAACGGUUUUAAGAAACAGACAGAGAUCCUGCGGCAGAAACACGCAGAGUUUCUGGAGAAAUACAACAUCCGCAACGAUGGAGACGACAAGUAGGCGAGCAAAGCGGUCCGAGUGGUGAACUGCCAGCAGGUGCACAGUGCCGGACUGGGUGGGGUUCUGGUUUUUAGGUUUUUUUAAAGUUGUAUUUAUUGAACCGGAACACGCUGAUGUGUGUGUGUGUGUGUGUGCGUGUGCCCUGCGUUGUGAGGACUUUGAGGACACACAGAGCACGGGGCAGGGUGGGAUGGCUGCCGGGGUCAUCUGGUCAUACAAAGGGCUUCUUCGUUAGACCGGACCAUUUACUUUACUUUACUGCCGGGUAUCUGCAGUGACAUCAGGGUCAAAGUGAUUCAGCUACACAAACGUUUCCGGGCACGUGUCCAAAGGAGCCACAAUCAACACCUGUAUAAACUGCCUUUAAUGAUCUCGCAGGUAAUCAACCUCUGUUGUCCUUUGCCUCAACGAUGUUGCCCCGUUGGCGCCGGAUGAGUUCAUCGGGUUGGGACUAAACGCAGCAGCUGUAAUGUAACCAGACUUUUGUAGUGAUUUAAAAUCACAUAUUAAAUUGGACACAAGAGAUCGGUUCAACGAUGCCCAUUUUUCUUUUCCUCCAUCGGCAUGAAUCUCCUCAUUGUUUCCUCUGUGACUGUACAAAUGCAGCACAGUGAAUUGACAGAGUCAUCGUAGGACUUUAAAAGAGUGGCGCUGAGAAAUGUAAGAAUAGUUGAACUAUUAUGUUAACAAGGGGACUAUGAAAAUGUUCUAAAUGGAAGUAUACUGAUUAUCCCGGCACUUAAUCCACUCAGUUUUUCAAUAUUAUAGAUUGUUGCCUUAAGAGAUGUGAGAGGGAAAUGAUUAAAAGAAACUUUUACUCGCCAACCUUACUUGCCUUUGUUUUGUCUCUG